GGUAUAAAAGUCCGCCGAAAUGAAUGACUUAUCACAAGUUGGACCAUCUUCUUCUAGAUCUACGAACUCAAAUCAGCUCAAUUUUCAGAGUUUCAGACCUCGUUUCCUUCAAAGCUGCACGAAUCUACUUUUAGCGAGUUUCACAUUGACGCGAGUUGCAGAUUUUCUUUCUUUCUUCGAAAGCUCAGAUGAUGGCAUUGUGCAGGAAGGUAAGUCUGAUCGACUCGCGUGAUUGGACUGCCUUCGGCUGGGUACGAGGACGAGAUCGUCCACUUGUUGACAGGUCCCAGACAGCCUGGGGGGAGUGCAGUCGGCAUUUUUCUAGCAACAAUGGCUUCGACCAGUCCGAGAUCGGUCGUCCUCCUUGUCCUAGCUGUGGCAAUAGUUGUUUCAAACGCGCAGUUACAGCUGUCAGAAACGUUCUAUGAUGCCACAUGUCCACAAGCCGCAUCCAUCGUCCAACAGAAGGUGGAUGCGUUUGUGGAUGCCGAUCGAGGACUCGCUGCAGCUUUGAUGAGACUUCAUUUCCACGACUGCUUCGUCCGGGGUUGCGAUGGGUCCGUCCUUCUCAAUUCUACCGACACAAUGUUGACUGAGAAAGAAGCAUUGCUAAACAAAGGUUCGCUGCGAGGAUUCGAGCAGAUAGACGAAAUAAAGAUGGAGCUCGAGUGCGCGUGCCCAGGUGUGGUAUCUUGUGCCGAUAUUUUGGCAUUGGUUGCCCGAGACGCCACUGCGAAGGUUGGCGGCACCAGCUGGCCCGUGUUUUUGGGCCGUAUAGAUGGAGGAGCUUCAUUCGCCGAUGAGGUCAACAGUAGUUUACCUGAACGUAGAGACAACUUCACGCAACUCGUCGCCAGGUUCGCCAGAGUUGGACUCGAUGCCAGAGACAUGGUUAUCCUAUCAGGAGGACACUCUAUUGGACAAGUUCACUGUGGCGCGUUUUUCGAGCGCCUCUACAACUUCCAGGGACUCAACAUCACCGAUCCGUCCAUGGACCCUGAGUUCGCUGCCAUGCUCAAGGUCCAGUGCCCGCCGACCAAGCCCUUCGGAUUCAUGGCUCUGGACGCCACCAACGGCACCUUCGACUCCGCGUACUACUUGGACCUGCUCACGAACAAGGGCCUGCUGGAGUCCGACGUGGCGCUCUUGAGCGACCCGCUGGGCGUGGAAUAUGCCAUCAGAGCGGUGCAAGAUCCCAUGGCCUUCCUGAACGAGUUCGGAUGGGCCAUGAUCAAAAUGGGCGCCAUUCCUGCGCUCGAGCCCUACGGCUGGAGAAGACACUGCGCCUUUGUUGAACCCCAAUUAUAGGCCAAUGAUGCAUUGUCACGCUAGAUUCCAUUUGUUGUGAGUAAUUUUGGCUCUUGGAUCUCACUCCCGGCAGCCUUCAAUAAGACGGUUAUUGCUUUCAGAACUAGGCAGUUAGUCAAGAAAACUGUACAUCUGUGGUGCACCUUGGAUCAUGUUCCUAUAUUACAUGUGUAGCUAUAGGGUCAGAAAACACUAGUGGUGGAUGUGGAUACGAUUGAAUUAGAUGAACUCAUUCUUUGAUUAGUCCGAGGCCAAGCUUGUAACUACUCUUCACUAUGAAAUAAAUCCAAUAACCAUUGAUUCUCAGAUGAUGACUAUGCAGUACAUGUGAAACAGCCUCCAGUUACUGCCGUAAAAUUGCUGUUUUCAAUAAUUUCAUUACA